ACAUUGGUGAGCAUAGACUGUCCAUAUAUAAGCAUUUUCCAGAAGCUAAUUUAAUUUGGUGAUUAUCAUAGAGGAAGUUUAUUAAUUUGGUGAGCAUAGACUUUCUAUGAAGAUAUAUUUUGAGAUUUGAGCUCAUUUCCUACGUAGUUUGGAGUGCUUGCUGCAGAGUAGCAAAUUAAGUUCACCACAAAGUAGGUAAAAGUAUGGCUUCUUUGAGGAGCUCACUCGGGAGAACUUUCUCAUGGAUUUGUGGUGGAGAACUUGAAUUGGGAUCUGAACCUCUAUUGGACAAAAAGUCUUCUGGAAAGAGCCAGAAAACAGAACUUGAGCAUGCUAGUUUUCUUAGCAAAUUGACAUUUGCUUGGAUUAACCCUUUACUUAAAUUGGGUUCCUCAAAAACAUUAGCUCUUGAAGACAUCCCUUCUCUGGUUUCUGAAGAUGAAGCAGCUUUAGCAUAUCAAAAUUUUGCUUAUACAUGGGAUUCACUGUCAAGGGAGAGGAGCUCAAGCAGUACCAGGAACCUGGUUCUGCAGACCAUAGCAAAAGUUUACAUGAAAGAAAAUAUAUGGAUAGCAUUUUGUGCAUUCCUCAGGAACAUUUCAGUUGGAGUUUCUCCUCUUCUACUCUACGCAUUUGUGAAUUAUUCAAAUAGUGACGAGGAAAAUCUAUAUGAAGGCCUCAUAAUAGUAGGGUGUCUAAUUCUUUCCAAGGUGGUUGAAUCUUUGAGCCAGAGACAUUGGUUUUUUGACUCUAGGAGGUGUGGAAUGAGGAUGAGGUCAGCCUUGUUGGUAGCAGUUUAUCAAAAGCAGCUGAAGCUUUCUAGUUUGGGAAGGAGAAGGCACUCAGCUGGGGAGAUUGUGAAUUAUAUAGCAGUCGAUGCCUACCGAAUUGGAGAGUUCCCAUGGUGGUUACAUACAACAUGGAGCAAUGCAUUGCAAGUAUUCCUUGCCAUUGGUGUUCUUUUUUGGGUGGUGGGUCUUGGUGCUCUUCCUGGUAUGAUUCCUCUCUUUAUUUGUGGUCUCCUGAAUGUGCCAUUUGCAAAGGCACUUCAAAAGUGUCAAUCCCAGUUCAUGAUAGCUCAAGACGAGCGACUCAGAGCCACUUCUGAGAUCCUGAACAGUAUGAAAAUCAUUAAGUUACAAUCCUGGGAAGAGAAAUUCAAAAACUAUGUGGAUUCCCUCCGCGAACUUGAAUUCAAAUGGUUGUCUGACUCGCAAUUUAAAAAAGCUUAUGGCACUCUAAUGUAUUGGAUGUCACCCACCGUCAUUUCUUCGGUUAUCUUUCUGGGAUGUAUCCUUUUCAAAAGUGCCCCUUUAAAUGCAAGUACCAUAUUCACGGUUCUAGCUGCACUGAGGAGCAUUGGAGAUCCUGUCAGACUGAUACCAGAGGCUCUUUCAGUAAUGAUCCAAGUCAAGGUCUCAUUUGAUCGUCUCAAUGUUUUUUUGCUUGACGACGAGCUGAAAGAUAAUGAAGUAAGGCAGUUGUCAUCACAGAAUUCAGAUGAGAUCUUAAGGAUAGAAAGAGGCAUUUUCAGCUGGUAUCCUGAAUCAGUAGUUCCAACUCUGAGAGAUGUGAAUUUAGAAGUGCAAAGGGAGCAGAAAGUUGCAGUUUGUGGACCAGUUGGAGCUGGAAAAUCGUCACUUUUAUGUGCUAUACUUGGAGAGAUGCCCAAAAUUUCAGGAACUGUUGAUGUAUUUGGAACCCUGGCUUAUGUUUCUCAGACUUCUUGGAUACAAAGUGGGACGCUUCGUGAUAACAUACUCUAUGGGAGGCCAAUGGACGAGAGCAAAUAUGAAAAGGCCAUAAAAGCUUGUGCUCUGGAUAAGGACAUUGAUAGUUUUGACCAUGGUGAUCUUACUGAAAUAGGCCAAAGGGGGCUUAACAUGAGUGGAGGACAGAAGCAGAGGAUUCAGCUGGCUCGCGCUGUCUAUAGUGAUGCUGAUAUCUAUCUUCUUGAUGACCCCUUUAGUGCAGUGGAUGCACAUACUGCUGCAAUUCUAUUUCAUGAUUGCGUCAUGGCCGCCCUAGCAAAGAAAACUGUAAUUCUGGUGACUCACCAAGUUGAAUUUAUCUCAGAAGUUGAUAAAAUUCUGGUAAUGGAGGGUGGAAAAGUUACUCAAUCUGGAAGCUACGAGAGUCUUUUGACAGUUGGAACAGCAUUUGAGCAGCUUGUGAAUGCUCAUAAAGAUGCAGUGACAACAUUGGGUCCUUCCAAUUAUCAAAGCCAAGGAGAAUCUGAAAAGGGAGAUAUGGUUCGGUGCAAGGAACCUCAUGGGGCUUACCUUACUGCAAAUAACAGUGAAGGGGAUAUUUCUGUGAAGGGUAUAGCUGGGGUGCAACUAACAGAAGAAGAAGAGAAAGAGAUUGGAGAUGUUGGAUGGAAGCCCUUUUGGGAUUAUAUAUUUGUUUCCAGAGGAACACUUCUUCUAUGGUUAGGCAUAAUAGCACAGUCUUUUUUUAGUAGUCUUCAGGCUGCUGCAACUUAUUGGCUAGCUCUAGGCAUUCAAAUUCCUAAACUGACCAGUGGCGUACUCAUUGGUGUUUAUGCUGCAAUUUCAGCACUUAGUGCCAUCUUUGUAUAUCUUAGGUCAUUUUUUGCUGCCCAUAUGGGAUUGAAAGCUUCUAGAGCCUUUUAUUCUGGUUUCACUGAUGCUAUCUUCAAGGCUCCCAUGCUGUUCUUUGACUCAACCCCUGUAGGGAGGAUUUUAAUACGAGCUUCCUCAGACUUAAGUAUUUUGGAUUUUGACAUACCUUUCUCCAUUAUCUUUCUUUUGGCUUCUUGCACUGAACUGCUGAUAACGAUUGGAAUUAUGGCUUCUGUCACAUGGGAAGUUGUCAUUGUAGGCAUUCUUGCCAUGGUUGCUACAAAAUAUGUUCAGGACUAUUAUCUAGCCUCUGCAAGGGAACUAAUAAGGAUCAAUGGAACAACCAAAGCUCCUGUUAUGAACUAUGCAUCAGAGACAUCACUUGGAGUUGUCACUAUAAGAGCUUUUAAGAUGGCGGACAGGUUCUUCCACAAUUACUUAGAGCUAGUUGACACAGAUGCCAGAUUGUUCUUUCAUUCUAAUGCAACGAUGGAAUGGUUAAUUUUAAGGACUGAAACACUUCAGAAUCUGACCCUUUUCACAGCUGCUUUUUUCAUUGUUUUACUUCCUAAGGGUUAUGUUGCACCAGAGCUUGUGGGGCUUUCUCUUUCUUAUUCUUUAUCACUAACAGCAACACAAAUUUUUGCGACUCGAUGGUAUUGCAGCUUAUCCAACUACAUUAUCUCGGUUGAGAGGAUAAAACAAUUCAUGCAAAUUGUACCAGAGCCUCCUGCAAUUGUGGAGGACAAGAGGCCAGCAUCUUCAUGGCCUCCGAAGGGUAGGAUAGAGCUGUAUUCUCUGGAGAUCAAAUAUCGUCCAAAUGCUCCGCUAGUUCUCAAGGGAAUUACGUGCACAUUCAAAGAAGGCACGAGAGUAGGAGUUGUGGGAAGGACAGGAAGCGGAAAAACUACACUCAUAAGUGCUUUGUUUCGCUUAGUAGAGCCGGCCAGUGGUAAAAUCAUUAUAGAUGGACUUGACAUCUCCUCUACGGGUCUAAAAGACUUGAGAAUGAAGCUCAGCAUCAUCCCUCAAGAACCAACUCUUUUCAGGGGAAGCAUCCGAACCAACUUGGAUCCACUAGGCCUUUACUCCGAUGACGAAAUAUGGAGGGCUCUAGAAAAGUGUCAGCUCAAGGCAACAGUCAGCAAGCUACCUAGUCUGCUAGACUCAUCUGUAAGUGAUGAAGGGGAAAAUUGGAGCGCCGGACAACGCCAGCUCUUUUGCCUUGGCAGAGUCCUUCUCAAGAGGAACAGAAUUCUAGUUCUAGACGAGGCUACAGCGUCCAUUGAUUCUUCGACAGACGCCGUUCUGCAGAGAAUCAUCAGGGAGGAAUUUGCAGAAUGCACAGUGAUAACUGUGGCUCACAGAGUUCCAACCGUUAUAGACAGUGACAUGGUCAUGGUCCUCUCCUAUGGGAAGCUGAUGGAGUAUGAAGUGCCUUCAAAGCUCUUGGAUACAAACUCCUACUUCUCCAAGCUUGUAGCUGAAUAUUGGUCAAGCUGCAAGAGAAACUGAUGCCAAAAUGUCAACAAGUUUGACAGUACAAUAAGAAGCAUUAAUCUCGACUGAAACCAUCCUAAUGCUUGGAUUUUGGUAAUAAAAAUCUGAAGGGUUUAAAUCUUUAUUAGUACCUUCUAGAUUAGUUAAGAAACUGUCUGAUUGGAAAUUGCUGUUAGAAAUCUUUUUAUUUAUUUAUAUACCAUGUAAAAUCUUAGAGAAAAUCUGGGCCGUCCAAUCUUGACUGAAACAUCAUUUUCUAAGA